CCCGUGACCCCGCCCCGACCCCGUGACGUGUCGCCAUGCUGCUGCUGGCGUUGCUGCUGCCGCCGCUGCUGCUGCUGGCGCCGUGCGGAGUCGUGGGGAGGAGGAGGAGGAACGCGCUGCUCAUCCUCGCCGACGAUGGCGGCUUCGAGCUGGGCGCCUACAACAACACGGCCAUCGCCACCCCGCACCUUGACGCGCUGGCGUCCGUUAGCCUGCGCUUCCGCCACGCGUUCACCAGCGUGAGCAGCUGCUCGCCCAGCCGCGCCGCGCUGCUCAGCGGCCUGCCCCAGCACCAGAAUGGCAUGUACGGCCUCCACCAAGACGUCCACCACUUCAAUUCAUUUGAACAAGUGCGGAGCCUCCCUCUGCUGCUCAACCAGUCGGGCAUUCGGACAGGUAUUAUCGGGAAGAAACACGUAGGACCCGAAGCCGUCUACCCUUUUGAGUUCUCAUAUACUGAAGAAAACAACUCGAUCCUCCAGGUUGGACGGAACAUUACGCACAUCAAACAGCUAGUGAGAGCUUUCCUGCGUAUGGACGAUGGCAGGCCGUUCUUCCUGUACGUGGCGUUUCAUGAUCCACACCGUUGUGGCCAUUCCCAGCCCCAAUUUGGAUCUUUCUGUGAGAAAUUUGGGAAUGGAGCGCCUGGAAUGGGGACAAUCCCCGACUGGAAACCCCAUCACUAUAAUCCCGACGAUGUGAAGGUGCCCUACUUCGUUCCGGACACGCCCACAGCGCGCGCGGACCUCGCCGCACAGUACACGACCAUUGGGCGCUUGGACCAAGGCGUGGGGCUGGUGCUGGAGGAGCUGCGGAGCGCCGGCUACGCGGACGACACGCUCGUGAUCUACAGCUCUGACAAUGGGAUCCCUUUCCCCGGCGGCCGCACCAACCUGUACACGAGCGGCGUGGCCGAGCCUCUGCUCGUGUCCUCCCCGGAGGACCGCGAGCGCUGGGGCCACAGCAGCGAGGCCUACGUGAGCCUGCUGGACAUUACACCGACGAUGCUGGAGUGGUUCUCGGUGCCUUAUCCCGACUACGCCAUGUUCAAGAAGGAUGAGCCCGUAGUGCUGACGGGACGCUCGCUGCUUCCAGCUCUCAAACAAGAACCACCGUGGGACAUUGCCUUUUCCAGCCAGAGCCACCACGAGGUCACGAUGUACUACCCCAUGCGCGCCCUGCGCCACAGCCACCUCCACCUGAUCCACAACAUGCACUUCCUCAUGCCUUUCCCUGUGGACCAGGAUCUGUACGUGUCCCCCACCUUCCAAGACCUGCUCAAUCGCAGCAUGCAGGGCCAGCCUACUCACUGGUACAAGAGCCUACGGGAGUUCUACUACCGCGAGCGCUGGGAGCUCUACGACACGCGCGCCGACCCGGCUGAGACUUGCAACCUGGCACAUGACGCGGCCUACGCGGACACACUGCGCACCCUGCAGCAGCAGCUGCGGGCCUGGCAGUGGGCCACUUACGACCCUUGGGUGUGUGCGCCAGAUGGUGUCCUCGAGGCACAGGGACAGUACAAGGAGCAUCCGCAGUGUCUGCCACUACACAACCUACUGUGAUGGCUGGCCAGCAACUGUAAAAAAAAAAACACGACACUUUUAUAUUUUGUUGUCGAGGGGACUGAUGACAUUGGAUGUUAGCUAUUAAGAGAACGUUAUUAUUUGUGUCAAUUGGGAUUUUUCUACGACUUGAAAAUGAACAGUUAUAAUCUGAGAUUGAUUCCCAGCCAUGGAUAUCAGUGGAGAGUGAUAUGUGAACUGGUCCUGUGGCCUAAUCAUCAACCCGCAUUGACCAGCGUGGCCAAGUAUGGUCAAACAUCCACUCCACCACCACAGCGUGGGGAGGCCUUUAUCCAGCUUUGGAUUGACAAUGAUCUGUAAAUUAUAGAUGAGUGUGCAUCCUUCGGAAAAUUGCUGAAGGCAGACCAGGACCAAAAUGGUGAUGAGCAAUUCAGAGCAGGUUGGAGUGCUCUUUGGAACUGAGUAACACAGCCGUGGUUGAUAAGUUGAGUAGCUGAUGGCUGGUCCAUGAUUUAGCGCUUAUCCAGAAUCAUCAUUGACGUGUGGUUUUGAAUUAAAGUGGUGCACUUAAGUGGGUUGGUAUCGCGGUUGUUGGGGGUGCACUUUGAUAAACCUGUUUAAAGUGUU